AUAUAUCAGUGAAAUAAAUUGACUCUUACGCUAUUUUGUGCCAUUAGUCGCCAAUUUUGCUUUUAACAGUUUUCUGCCCGCGUCGGCAUCGGUUACUUUGAAACCAUAAAACAAUUAUAAACAGCCACGAAUCGUUUGUGAAUAUUCGAUCGCCUAGUGCGUGUAACAAGGAUCAGGAAGGAAGAUCAUCAUCGAGGAUCGACCACGAGAAUCCGUUAAAAGGGCCCUUUUCGCAAGAAACGGAACAACCUCAAGACAACUUCAGAACUUCCCCAGCAGAAGAAGAGUGCGGUCAGGAUUCCUCUUGGUGCCACACAUUCAACUCUGAUACUUAUGGAUACUUCAGGUAAUGUUAUUACCACAUUCAAAGCGGAAGGAACAAAUCAUCAUCUGAUAGGAAUGGAGGAAUGCAGGAAAAGAAUAGCAGAUUUAGUAAACAAAGCUAAAAUCAAGGCUAAAAUUCCUUUAGAUACACCACUUCUGGCCUUGGGAUUGAGUCUUAGUGGCUGCGAACUUGAAGAGUCAAAUAAUGAACUCGUCGAAGGCCUUAAGGAGAAAUACCCAAACCUUAGUCCAAAUAUAGCCAUUGGAAGCGACACCGAAGGGUCAGUGGCUGCUACUUCAUCUAAUGGUGGCUUGGUUUCCAUAGCAGGAACUGGCUCAAAUACUCUUCUCAUAAAUCCUGACGGAACGCGUUCACAGUGUGGUGGAUGGGGCUAUCUUUUAGGGGAUGAAGGAAGUGCCUGGGAUAUCGCACACAGAUCCAUCAAAACGUGCUUCGAUGCAAUCGACAAUCUUGAAACUCCUCCACAUCCGAUAGAUGCUAUAUGGAAGAAAGUUCAAGAAUACUUCGAUAUAGUUAACCAACCAGACCUCCUGAAUAUUUUUUACGGUCCCUUCUGCAAAGCAAAGAUAGCAGGUUUCUGCAAAGAAGUAUCGAAGUUGGCUGGUUUAGGUGACCCGCUCGCCAUCCAUAUAUUUCAAGAAGCUGGACGAUAUAUUGCCAAAUCUAUUUCAGCUGUAUAUCCGAAGGCUUCGCCAGAAUUGACAGACAGAGUGGAAGGCCUACAAGUAGCUUGCGUGGGUUCUGUUUGGCUUAGUUGGUGUUUUCUCAAGGAAGGAUUUGUAAGGCAUAUCGAAAACAAUACUGACAUCGACAAAUUGUUGCUAAUUAGGGUAAUAUCACCUGGUGGUCUUGGUGCCGCAUAUAUGGCUUGUGAUAAAUUGAAGAUAGAUGUUUCCAGAAAUUAUGAGGAAAAUUACGAAAUACUAUUUCGUUACGAAAGAAAUCGCAGUUCAUGUAAAUGUAUACGUAGCUAGAAAAAACAUUUGUAUCAUUGGUCAAUCGGUUCAGUGGGCUGGAAAAUGAUACAUCACUACAAUAAACAAAUUGUAAUUCAGACCUCACAUUCAAUAUUGUACAUCAGUUACAUCAGUAUCAUAAACUUGAGAUAUAUUUUUAUGUACUUGAUAUUAUAUUAAUAAAUUGUUGAGUUUGA